AGACAAGGUGUUCUGUUGUAAUGCAAGGGCGCGGCCUCUAAGUGUGGGACCAUGAAGCUAGCGCUGGAACUUGUAAACCGACCACCCCUUGACAUGUAUCAGGUCACGCCACCGAAAACAACAACAGAGUAGUUCGACGUUGCGGAGUGUGUGCCAGACGCUGCCACAAAUAGGGCGACGUGCACGCCGUACCACUGUCCUCUAAAACCACCAAUCGAAGGCUAGGUCUUCUAGAGGAGGAUGGGUUCCGCGGCGGGCAAGCUUUUCCGGGGGGGUGGCACCAAGAUUGAGUUUAUGGAGAGCACGAAGAUGCCCACCGCCAAAGAUAUGGAUAUGAGACGCCGCAACUCUCUCAUGUUCUUCAUGAGGGAUUGGCAGGAAUCAUCAACGUUUGAGGAGCAGGAGGCUUCCAUGCUACAGAUCAAGAAGUACCAUCAGAUGGAAGCCAAAGUUAGUCAGGACGAUCCGAUUUUGGCGAAGAUGAACAAGAUCCCUCUGCAGAUCUCCCUUGGAGACAUGCGACUACUGAGGGAGACCGUCAUCAUGAAGUGGAAGGAUAUUAACCGAAGCUACCAAGGCCCCCUACUAGGCGAGACCGUGCUUCAUCGUGUGUGUCGUGAAGGGUACUUGGGAGCUCUGAAAUUCAUGCUGGAUCCUAACAGCAAGUCAAUUUUCGAGACGGAAACGGUCGAUCCGAACAUCCUGAACAAGCGGAAGAGGACGGCGUUGAUGCUUUGCUUCACGAGCCCACACUUCACGGAAAUUACCAAGAAUUUCGGUCUCGAACAGGACACUGAGACGGGGCUUGGGGUACCUCGCCCAAGGCGGCCGGACACGGCCCAGGGAACUAUCGACUUGCUAUUGGAACACGGCAUAGACCCACGGCAGACGUGCAUGACGGGAGAGACGGCGUUGCACUUUGCCGUGUCGCUCAGGCAUGGCGAAGCUGCGGAAAUACUCUUGAAACGCUCCCAAGACCUUGUCAACGAAGCUGACAAGGACGGGGAUCGAGCCAUCCACUUAGCUGUUCAGAACGGUGACCACGAAAUUGUGAAUCUCCUAGUAGACUACCAGGCGGACAUCAACUCACCCAACUACAGGAGAGUCACACCUCUCGCGGUGGCCUGCAAGCGCCAGGACUGGCAAAUGGUCAACCAUCUCUUGGAUAAGAAGCUCGCGCGGGCCGUGGGGGACAGGGAGGCUGAUGCCGCUAGGCUUAAAGCUCUGAAGGCGUACGGACAAUGGGUUCCGUAUACAGACAAGAUGGGUGGGGGGAUAUUUUACUACAACAAGGUGUCCAGGGAAUCCCGUCGACAGGCCCCAGAAGACUACGUGAAGGACAAAGAAUACGUCAUGAAGAGCGCCACCUUCGGGAUGCACUUCUACCAUUAA